GCGCUGUUUUGGGCUUCAUUAUCAAAUCGCGACUCACUGGAAACAGACCUCGACUCAUAGUCACAUAGACUAGUCAUGUACCCGCAACUGGAAGUGGACCCUGAGCUGACGGAGCGGGCGACUAAGGUGCGUCUUCUGGCCGGGCACCGCGAUACAAAAGAUGGAUCAGGUGCCGCCAGCGAUGACAAGGUGUCCAAGAAGGCACCGCCACCAUCCAGCAAAUGGAGGCGCGCUCUAUUGCGUCAUGUGCCCGUGCUUAAAUGGCUGCCCGCCUACAAUAUGGAAUGGGGCAUUGAUGAUUUCAUAGCUGGCAUCACGCUGGGCCUCACCAUCAUACCCGAGAGCAUUGCCUGCGCCCUGCUUGCGGGUCUGCCCGCUCGCUAUGGCCUGUGCUCGGCUUUCAUAGGGCCCCUCAUCUAUUUGAUAUUCGGCUCCAUUGACAAGGUCAUCAUUGGUCCCACCAGUCUUGUGGCACUGGUCAGCGUACAAUUCACCGUGGGACGGCCCGUAGAGUUUGCAUUUCUGCUCACCUUCUUGAGUGGCAUUGUCCAGAUCAUUAUGGGCUCUCUGCGCAUGGGCUUCGUCUUUGAGUUUAUAUCUAUGCCGGUGAUCAAAGCCUUCUCCUCGGCCACAGCGGUACUUGUUAUUGAAUCCCAGAUCAAGGUGCUGCUGGGCAUCAAGUACUUAGUGCCGGGCCUCAUCAGCUCGGUGAGCACCCUGAGCUCUCGCAUCCGUGAGGCCAACAUGGGCGAUCUGAUCAUGGGCUCGUGUGCCAUUAUUUUUCUGCUGCUGCUAGAGCUGCUUGAGCGCGUUGCACGCAGUGAGAAACGUGGCAAAGCUUUGCGGAUCUGUUGUCGCUAUUUAUCCACUUCGAGGAAUACGCUUAUUGUGCUCAUCGGUGGCAUUGUCUCCUACAUUUGGCUGGGCUACAGUGAGAAGUUGCCCUAUGCCCUCAGCCAGAAUGCGCUCUCCAGUUUACCCGACUUUGCGGUGCCCAGCUUGACUAUUGUUACGCCGGAAGGAAGCUACAGCUUCUGGCAGGUCCUCAGUGAACUCAGCGUGGGCAUCGUUGUCAUCCCCAUUGUGGGCAUACUCACAAAUAUAUCUAUUGGAAAACUGACACCCAAGGGUCUGGUGGAUACGAAUCAUGAGCUGCUCACCGUCGGACUGUGCAACAUGUUCGGGUCCUGUGUGCAGGCCAUGCCCUCGUCGGGCGCCUUUACGUGCUAUGCGAUCAGCACGGCUUGUGGCCUGAAGACGCCCAUGGCCAACUUGUAUCUGGGCAUCAUUGUGCUGCUGGCACUGGGCUAUCUGAGUCCGUACUUCAACUACAUACCGGAAGCGACGCUGGCGGCCAUUUUGAUUUGCUCGAUCUUCACGCUGUUGGACUUCAGACUUCCGCUGCGCCUAUGGCGCGAGUCGAAGCGCGACCUCGGCAUUUGGCUGCUGUGCUUUUGUGUGUGCGUGCUCUUUGGCGUGGAGGUGGGUCUGCUUGUGAGCAUCGUGGUGACGGCGCUCCAUCUGCUGUUUCUGUGGGCACGGCCGGAGAUACUGGUGAAGAUAGAGGAGCUGGAUGGGAUGCAGUAUAUUUCGGUAGUGCCCGGCAACGGCAUCUACUUUCCGGCCAUCAAUCAUCUGAGGAGUCUUGUGCUGAAAGCCUGCACCCAAGCCGACUUCAAGAUCACGGUGGUCAUAGAUGGCCACAAGAUAACGGGACUGGACUACACAGCGGCACAGGGUAUAUCGAAGCUGUCGAGUGAUUUGUGCCGGCAAUCGGAUGCCUCCAGUUCGAUUCUUUUAGUUCUCUACAGAUUUCCAGCGCAUUUGCAGCAUCUCAUCGAUCUGACCGACAAUUUGGUCUUCUGCGAGAAUGAGGCCAAGGUCAGGGAGUUCCUCACGCAGGAAUCCCUGCGCAAUGGCCACAUCAAUCUGAAGGAGCACAUACGUGCCUCCAUAGAUCUGGGGUAUAAGAUUGAUAUCGAGUAGUUGAACAUAUUGAAUUAUAGCACUAGGUCUCUAGAUAUUAUUUAUUUAAAUGUGCUUUCCUUUUCGUUCUGGCUUAGUCCUGGAUUCAGCUAUUGAAUCCCAAAAAUAUAUCUCCUAUAAAUAUCUAAAAUAUUGUCGCUUUCUGUCCAAAACGGAAGCCCGGAAACCGACAUAAAAGUGAAAAAGUGGAGCAAAUGCGCUGAUGGCAGCAAUUUAUAAAAGCCACACUGACCUCUGCCACUCAUUUGCAGCCAGCCACACACAAUCACACACACAUUCACACACAAAGCGCUUGCUGGGACGGUGGCCUGCUUUAGGGGGAGGCGUGCCACUGGCGGCGCCGUCAAUGAUUGCCAAGCUAAUGGAUUUCUGUUUACUUUUUCACUUAGAACGCCGAACAGCGUGCGCAACAAAAAAACAAAAACCAAAAAAAUGGACAAAAAAAUUGUGAAAAAUAGCGCAAAGAAAUUAGAGAAAAGCGAAAGCGCAACGCAAACUCAACGCUCGAAUCACCUCCUGAGUAUUUGAAAAGCAGAAAAGCACAAAAUCAGUAAAACUGAGGAAAAAACUGCAAGGAAUUAUACUAAAAUGCUCGCGUAAAUUGGAUAAAACUAAGAAAAACACAGCAAAAGAAAAUACGAGCUAUAUGGCAAGUAAGCGCAAGAGACAGAGAGAGUGGGUGCGGGAGGGAAGGGGGAGGGCAAAAAGAGAAGAAGCUUGAGAGGCGAAACUAACGAACCUUAAAUGCUCUGAACAGAUAAGAAUUUUCAUUGGACGCCCUGCUCGGGGGUAAUAUCAUUAUAACAGUUUUUCAAGCAACAAUAUUUUAAUAUAGAAAUAAUCUUUUUAAAAUAUUUGUAAUUAUUAAUAUAAAAUAGUAUUAUAUAAUUUAGAAGACUAAUAAUAAUAAAGGAAGUAAA